GACCACUCCAUCCUUCGCGCCCCUCGUCUGCCAUGCUCGCCCGGGCGCCUGCUGUGCGCGAGGCUCGGCGCGCAGCGAGCGUUGCAGCUCGCGCUAGCACGAGCCGUGCCGCAUCGUCGUCGCCGUCGCCGUCGAGCGCUGCCGCUGCGCCGCCGCCGCCCCGGCGCAUCUUCUCGGGCAUCCAGCCGACGGGCGUGCCGCACCUGGGCAACUACCUCGGCGCGCUGCGCUCGUGGCUCGAGCUGCAGCAGGCCGACGCUGCCGCUUCGGCGCCGGAGCAUGCUGCAGCUGGUGCGGCAGCGUCUGGGCCGGCCGGCUCGACCCACGUCUUCUUCUCCAUCGUGGGACUGCACGCCCUCACCGUGCCGCAGGCCGGCAAGCAGCUGCGCCGUGAGCGCCGUGCGAUGCUGCGCUGCUUGCUGGCCAUCGGCAUCGAUCCGGCGCGCUGCACGUUGUUCCAUCAAGAGCAGGUGCCCGAGCACGCCGAGCUCGCGUGGAUUCUCAACUGCCUCACGAGCGUCGGCAAGCUGAAUCGCAUGACGACGUGGAAGGGCAAGCUCGCGACGCUCCGAGGCACCGACGCCGCGGCUGGCGAGCCGGAGAUGGAGCAGAUGAACCUGGGCCUGUAUGCGUAUCCGGUGCUGCAGGCCGCCGACAUUCUCCUCUACAGAGCCACGCAUGUGCCCGUCGGCGAGGACCAGCUGCAGCACCUCGAGCUCGCGCGCGACAUUGCGCACGGCUUCAAUCGGCAGUACAAGACGUCGCUCUUUCCCGCUCCCGCCCACAUCAUCACGCCGACAAAACGCGUCCUCUCCCUGCGCGACCCGGCCCAGAAGAUGUCCAAGUCGGCGCCCGACGCGAGCUCGCGCCUCUUGCUCACCGACUCGCCCGCCGAGGUGCGCUACAAGCUGAAGCGCGCGGUCACCGACAGCGAGCGCGAGCUCGUGUAUGAUCCCGCCGAGCGGCCUGGCGUGUCCAACCUCCUGCUCAUGCUCUCCAGCCUGCGCGGCACGACGCCCGAGCACGAAGUCGCGGCGCUCAAUGCCGCUGGCGGUGGCGCCGGCCGGCUGAAGGAGGCCACGACGGAGGCCGUCGUCGAGGCGCUGCAGCCUAUCCAGGCUGCGCUGCGCCGCCUGGACGACGACCCGGGCUACGUCGACGAGGUGGAGCGCAGCGGCCGCGAGCGCGCGCGGGCCGAGGCGCGGCGCACGAUGGCUGCCGUGCGGCAGCUUGUGGGCUUCGGCUAGACGCGCUGUAGGUAAUCAAAUGCGGGCCGGGAACUGUACAAGAUGGUGAGGUGAGAGAAGUGAGUCGUGGUAUGUGCGGGCGGCGUCUAGAGGGCCAUGUUCUGGUCGGCCGAGUUGGCGCGCAGGUUUGUCGGUGUGCGCGACGUCGCCGACGGGAAGAGCG